GUUCUAUAUAUACCCUAGAAUUUUCACAUCUCCUUCAAAAUUUCCCCCUUUCCCUUAAAAAAAAUCAAAAUCAAAAUUGAGAGUGAGGCUGCCUAAAUUCUCGCUCAAGGUCAAUAGAUCACUGAGAUUCCCACUGAGGAAUUGAAUGCAGGUGAUGGCGACAUUUGAAUUGUACCGAAGAUCUACAAUUGGCAUGUGCUUGACCGAAACCCUGGAUGAGAUGGUCUCCAAUGGCACUCUCAGCCCAGAGCUCGCUAUUCAAGUCCUCGUGCAGUUUGAUAAGUCUAUGACCGAGGCUUUGGAGAAUCAAGUGAAGAGCAAAGUUACUAUUAAGGGUCAUCUUCACACCUACAGGUUUUGUGACAACGUAUGGACCUUCAUCCUACAAGAUGCCACGUUCAAGAACGAGGAAUGCACAGAAACUGUUGGAAGGGUAAAGAUUGUAGCUUGUGAUUCCAAGUUGCUCUCGCAGUGAACAUUCCUUUUCACCCUCUUCUCGUGUAACAACACCCUUCCAUAUAAAUCGUGAGUUCUGUUCUCAGAUCUCGGGGUUUUUAAUUUGCAGUCCGUAUAUUGCUGGACUACAUUAAUGGUUGUAUAAACUAGCAUAUUGCAUUUUUCUUAUUAAUUUCUUGUAUGGCCUUUGAAAAGUUUGACCGUGUUCCCCAUCCCUCGCCCUCUGCUUCUCUCCAUGUAAUUUCCUAGCUAUUUUAUCUGUAUCAAACACGUGCAUCUCAUCUUAAUUUGCUCUGAUUAGCUUCGUUUUCGCAAACAAAAGUUCUGGUUUA